AUGAUUUGGACGAAGCUUGCAGUGGAAACUACUCACAAGGUUGCUGAGAACUAUUUGGCAGCCCACGACCGGUUUCGCCCUCCCGCUUCGGGCUCAUCAGGUUGGCGCUGUACCCGAGUUUUCGUCAAACUUAUGUUCCAUUCGAACCCAAACUGUACUGUUUUCGAGAAGUACACUCACUUGCAAGUUGAUUUGGUUUUCACGAGAGACUUAAAUGAAUCCCUCGCCGCCUCAUGCUUCAGCUGGCAUGAUAUUCGAUAUAUCGCAGUGUAUUUUCACACAGGAAACUACUCACAAGAUAUGCGUUUUCCACCAACGGGAUGCGUGGAAUUAUAUUUUUCAAGUGAUCCCAUAUUACUGCAAGAACACAAUGACAAUCUGGACAGAGGUGGAUAUCAGUGGACAUCUGCCGACCGUGAAUCUAGCAUUCUCAGCGUAGGAAUUGGCGGUGAACGGCAGCGUGUUCUGCCUAGGCAUGGUAUUCUUGUCACAGACCAAACCCGGAGAGAUAGGACUUUUCCAGCUGUGGAGCAGCAGAAGCUCAUUGAAACAAGAAAGCCAUUGAGUAUUCUAAUCACCACACAAGAAUACAUCAUUACCGCUCCGAGUGCGUUAUUCACAGGUCAGAUUCAGAUAACGCAAGCCCCAAUGUGGUCCGACGCCGGGAUACACGGGAAGCCA